AUUAGCGACUGUGUCGACAGAGACAGGGAGAGCAAGUCAAGCAUCGAGCCGAGCCGAAGACGACGAAGGGAUCGAAGCGAUCCAACGACUGAAAAGCAACUCGAUCAAGAAAAACGAAUUCAUUCACGCGCAGAUCCAAAACCAAAUCGCACGCUCCUUCUCCACGUCUAGCGAUCGAGGGGGUUGCGUAGGACUCCGGUCGGUGGCAGGGCUCCGUCUAGGGCGAUCCGAUGGCGCGGCGGUCGUCCACCUCCGGACCGCUGCGGUACCUCCACCCCGCCUACUACCUGAAGCGGCCCAAGCGGCUCGCCUUCCUUUUCAUUGCGUUCGUCGUCGCUACCUUCGCCUUCUGGGAUAGGCAGUCUCUGAUCCGCGAGCACGAGGCUGAGAUCACUAAGUUCCAGGAAGAAUUAAACAGAUUGCAAGAUCAGUUGCGAAAAGCUGGUGUUUCAGAUGACAUGAGUGACAAUGUCAAACUUAAUAGGGAAGUUGAAAUUGAUCCUGUUAACGAUGAACGUAGGGAAAAGGUCAAAGAGGCUAUGCUUCACGCAUGGAACUCAUACGUAGAGUAUGCAUGGGGCCAAGAUGAGCUUCAGCCACAAUCAAAGAAUGGUGCAAAUAGUUUUGGUGGUCUUGGAGCAACCCUCAUAGACUCUUUGGAUACGUUAUAUAUAAUGGGCUUGAAAGAUGAAUUUCAGAAAGCUAGAGAGUGGGUUGCGACUGCAUUAGAUUUCAACAAAGACUAUGUAGCAAGUGUUUUCGAGACAACCAUAAGAGUUGUGGGUGGACUACUAAGUGCAUAUGACCUGUCUGGGGACAAGCUAUUUCUUGACAAGGCUAAAGACCUUGCUGAUAGACUGUUACCAGCAUGGGAUACACCAAGUGGCAUUCCGUACAAUAGAAUUAACUUGGCUCAUGGAAACCCGCAUAACCAUGGAUGGACUGGGGGAGAAAGUAUUCUGGCAGAUUCUGGCACUGAACAGCUUGAAUUUAUAGCUUUGUCCCAAAGAACAGGAGAUCUGAAAUACCAGCAGAAGGUAGAGAAGGUCAUAAGGCAAUUGCAGAAAAUAUAUCCUAGUGAUGGUUUACUUCCAAUAUACAUAAAUCCUCAAUCAGGCGUAGCAGCAUCUUAUUCGACAAUAACCUUUGGUGCUAUGGGUGACAGUUUUUAUGAGUAUUUACUUAAAGUGUGGAUACAAGGAAACAAAACAGAAGGUUUGAAGCAUUAUAGAGAAAUGUGGGAAACAUCAAUGGAAGGGUUAGUGAGUCUGAUACGGAAAUCAACUCCAUCUUCUUUUUCAUAUAUCUGUGAGAAAACUGGCAAUUCUCUCUCUGACAAGAUGGAUGAAUUGGCAUGCUUUGCACCGGGCAUGUUAGCUUUAGGAUCCUCUGGAUAUGACCCUGAAAAAGCUGAGAAGAUGUUGUCACUUUCAAAAGAGCUUGCUUGGACUUGCUAUAAUUUUUAUCAAAUAACCCCGACAAAAUUAGCUGGAGAAAAUUACGUCUUUCAUGCUGGACAGGACAUGAGUGUUGGCACCUCAUGGAAUAUACUGAGACCCGAGACUGUCGAGUCACUUAUGUACCUUUGGCGUUUAACUGGAAACAAAACAUACCAAGAAUGGGGUUGGAACAUAUUUCAAGCAUUCGAAAAGAACUCUCGGAUAGAUUCUGGUUAUGUUGGCCUAAAGGAUGUUAACACGGGUAUGAAGGACAAUAUGAUGCAGAGCUUCUUCCUCGCAGAGACACUCAAGUAUCUCUACCUUCUGUUUUCCCCGCCUUCGGUCAUCUCAUUUGACGAGUGGGUUUUCAACACUGAAGCCCAUCCUUUAAGAAUCGUUCCUAGAAAUGACACGGUGCCAGAGUUAGGUGGUGUAGUAGAGGAGGCAAAACCAAAACCUCAGUCGAAAGCUAUCGAUAGGCCAUUUGGCAGAAAGCAAGGAAGGAAUUAACAGUUUUGUAAUAUUAUUUUCAUUUGGGGUUCAACCAAAUGCCCUCUUGACAUAUAGAAGCUUGAGAUGUUAGUAAGAAGCAGUGCUUUGUUGCUGCAGGCAGAAUCUCCAUCUUUAAUUGGCUCCCUGAACCUAAUGGGGCAUUUGAAGUUAUUAUUAUUAUACGGAAUUGUAUUUAACUUGUAGAAUUUGCCCUCUAUGAAUAAAGAGACCAGUGGGUUUCAAAAAAAAA